AUGCCAAUCACCGCGGAGCAGUUCGCGACCACUUUGGAGAACAUGACUCGAGCUUGGGAGGCGCUGCCGGAAGAGCAGAGGCUGCCAAAGGACGAGGAGAAGUCGUUCUUCGACGACUGCCAGCAGACGUGCGAGGAAAUGAUCGCUAGAUGGCAUUCUGGGGAGUCCUCACAUCCAGACCGAGAGAUUCUAGCUGCCGAGUACCCGGAUUCGGAAGCUGGCAAACGGAAGCUUCAGCAGGACUUGUUCAGCCCUGACGUUAAGGACGACCCUUUCGUCCAGGCUGCCGACCUCAAGCUGCGUUUGAUCAAGCAUCCGGGCUGUGAUGCGGAAUGGUAA